AUGCACCCACUAAAACUAACCUACAAACAUAUCAUUGCUUUCACUUUUAUCAUUGCACUGGCCCUGGCCUCUCCCCUCACUCCUCCACGUAAGGGUUCGCUUGAAGCUCAACCGAAUUCCAUCCUGAGGUUUGAGAACGAAAACAACGGUGUUGACGGAUACAAGUUCGCUUUUGAAACCAGCGAUGGCCAACAGCGCCAGGAGCAGGGUGAGCUGAAGAAGGUGGGCGAAGAGGAGGCUUUGGUCGUUCGUGGCUCGUACUCUUUCACCGCCGACGACGGACAGGUGUACACCGUCAACUACGUCGCCGACGAGAACGGAUUCCAGCCGGAGGGAGCUCAUCUGCCCACGGUCUAA